UCUUCCCUACAGUCGAGAGGCCAACUCAACCUACUGCCAAGCAAGACCUGACGAGCACAAGGAAAGUGAUUUGUGUGUGUUGCAACUCUCUUCCUAAAAUUGAUGUUACUUGGUGCAAAAAUGAAGAGUUUUUUACUAGUUGUGACUAUCCUGGCAUUAACCCUGCCUUUUUUGAGUGCAGAGGGGCAAAACCAGGAACAAUCAACACGCUGUGAGAAUGAUGAAAGAUUGUUCAAUAAAAAAACAGUAAAAUAUAUCCCAAUUCAUUAUGUGCUGAGUAGGUAUCCUAGUUAUGGACUCAAUUACUACCAGCACAGACCAGUUGCACUAAUUAAUAACCAAUUUAUGCCAUACCUAUAUUAUGCAAAGCCAGUUGUAGUUAGCCCACAUGCCCAAAUUCCUCAAUGGCAAUUCCUGCCAAAUAUCCACCCACCUACUCUGGCACAUCACCCACACCCACGUCCAUCAUUUACUGCCAUCCCACCAAAGAAAACUCAGGAUAAAACAGCAAUCCCUAUCAUCAAUACCAUUGCUACUGUUGAGCCUACACUUAUACCUACCACUGAACCAAUAGUGAACACUGUAGUUACUCCAGAAGCUUCCUCAGAAUUCAUCACGAGUACACCUGAGACCACCACAGUCCAAGUUGCUUCACCUGCGGCCUAAAAACUCUAAGGAAACAUCAAAGAAGACAACACAGGUCUUUCUGAAACCACAUGACUACUUCACACUCUCCUUUAGCCAGUUGUCUGCCUUCAGUGAAGAGAGAAUAUGAUUUUCACAGAUUCGGCUCCUUUCUCUUCUCCCCUUACAUUUUGCAUCCAUGCCACAUUUAAUUUUUUGAUUCCUGCAUAAUAAAGCCAAUUGAAUGCAA